UAUUUGCAAAUUUGUCGACUAAUGCUAUAAUUAAUCUGCGUUAUCUAUUUUUGUGCAGUAUUUUUUUAAGUUGGUCCAAGUAUCUUAGCACCGCGGAACUCUAGUAUCCUUAGUCGGGGGAGUGGGGGACUUUAAAAUGUGACACACUGGAGCACGUUUCAUUACGGAAUGUUUUUGUUGAUGCACUUGGAAGAGUGGUACUGGUAUGGUUUCACGGGUAAUUAGCGACUAAUGCAGAGAAAUAUUAGCCCUGAAAACUGUUUGUAAAACCCGCCAGUCUCCUGUGCCAUCGUUCUAGUUAAAAAUGGCUGACUGGAGUCCGAUAGCGAAGGUGUACGACCCACUGAAAGCUGGUAGCAUCGACGGCACGGACGUGGAGCCCCAUGAUCGAGCGGUCUGGAGGGCCAUGGGUGCCCGGUACAAGCCCAACAAAGGCGUCGUUGGAGACCCACUGCUCACGCUUUUUGUCUCCCGCUUGAACCCACAGACAACCGAAGAUAAACUGCACAAAGUGUUCUCUAAGUACGGAGACAUCCAGCGGCUCCGGCUGGUCCGGGACAUCGUCACGGGUUUCUCCAAAGGAUAUGCCUUCAUUGAGUACAAAGAGGAGCGGUCUGUGGUCCGAGCCCGCCGGGACGCCAACAAGCUGGUGGUGGACCAGCAUGAAGUGUUCGUGGAUUUUGAGCAAGAGAGGACUCUUAAAGGAUGGGUCCCGCGGCGGCUCGGCGGCGGGCUUGGAGGGAAAAAGGAAUCCGGACAGCUGCGGUUCGGCGGCAGGGACAGGCCUUUCCGUAAACCCAUCAAUCUCGGGGUAGACCCGGUGCAGGAACGAGGAGGAGGUGGCGGUGUUGGUGGAGGGAGGGAGUGGGACAGACCAGGCGGGAGAAACAGGGAGGACCGGGACCGACAUAGAACAGCAGAGUGGGGCAACAGAGGAAGGAGAGAUGACCGGGACAGAGGCCGAGAGUGGGAUGACCGCAGGCACGGAGACAGGAGCAGGCACCGGGACAGGAGAUGAAGCAUGUGGCUGCACUUCCGCGGUACUGCAAGACUGACGGAUUGUUCAAAGUACAGCUGACCGCUUUCGAAGGAGGACAGUGAAUGAGUGUGUGACUGGGAUAACUGUUUGUGUUAAAGGUUACUUUUUUUGUAUGCUGAUAUUCUUCAGAUUGUACUGUAUGGUAAUCAGGACUCUGCCUGUGGCUGUCAUAUUCAGUUCUUCUCAGGGAAGUCUUACUUUGUCAUUCCUGCAACCCUGCAGGAAUGACAAAGUAGGGUUGUUGUUGUUGUUUUAAAACAACUCUUUAUUCCAGCGAAACUUUAAAAAAAAAAAAUUACAAUAGGGAUGGUGUCCAGCCAAAUGAGGCUUACAGCCCGGAUGUCAAACAUGAGCACCAGGAGCCAGAAUCACUGCUUAAGAGUCCAAUUGGAUUGCUUUGGGAAAUCGAAACUGUAUUUUUAUACAGUUAUCAUAAAUAUUAUUACCCCACGUAUACAAUUCAAAUUUUAUUUCUUACAACUUAAGCCCUAACAGACUUUUUUCCCAUUUAUUACAGCAUGUAGUUUAUCAUGUAGAUAAACUGAGACAAACAAAACUGCAUUUCUUUUUCUGAUAUUAAGAUAUUCCAGAGAUUAAAUGUGUAGUUAAACUUCUUUUCACUGACAGAAAGGGAAGUUUCACUGGUCCGGCCCACUCAAGGUCAAAGGCUAUAUGUGACUCACAAUGUAAAAUGAGUUUGACCUGCAUUGCAGGUUUUUUUUUUUAAAAAAGCAUAAGUUUAAGAGCACAUUGUCAGCCCCAUUUUUUUUUUAAAAUUGUAAAUCAGAUUAUAUCAUAAGCAAUAAAAUUCAUCAUUGUUUUGAAA